AUGGGUUUUCUUUUUUCCACAGUCUCAAAGGUGUUCAUGGUGUUCCUGAAGAACAGAAUCCUCGCUUCUACCAAAAACCUCCUGUCAAGUAAUACUUGCGCCUUCAGGCCAAACAAGAACAUUAACGAACCCAUUCUAGCUCUCAAAAUCUACCUCCAAAAAUGCUUCAGAUACAAACCUCCCUUCAUAUUUACUUUCAUUGACUAUAGCAAAGCCUUUGACACCGUUAAACACGAUGCCCUUUGGGAGGCUCUAGUAGAAUGUUAUGUUGAUCAAAACAUAAUCAAAAUCUUGAAAUAUUAUUACAACAAGUCUUGGGCCAGGUUACAGCUAGGCCGUACUUUAUCUCCUUACUUCAGGAUCAGAAGAGGCAUGAAACAAAACACCAUGAACCUAAUCGAUCUUUCAUCAAACAAUUACAAUAUCAAUCAUCUAAGAAUCAUCUCGUACGUAGAUGACCUGGUUUUAAUUACCAAGUCAAGAGAUGAGACAUUAGAUUUACUAACAAGUGCCUGCUUCCACAGCAACAAAGUCGGCCUAACCAUCAACUUCAAUAAAACUUUUAUCAUGCCAUCCCCAGAGGCUUCAAUAGAUAACUUAACAUUUGAGGGGAAUGAAAUCAAAAUAGUCAAUAAUUUCAAAUAUCUUGGUGUGCUUACUGAUAAUAAAAGAAACAUCAGUGGCGAAAUCGAAGCCCGACUAAAAAAUGCCAAAAUAACUUUCAUGAAAUAUCAUAAACUAUGGACAGCCAGAGUCUCAGUCAAAACUAGACUCCUAAUAUUUAAGCCGCUCCAGUCCUCCUCUACGGCAGCGACACUUGGGAAAUAUAUAAACACCAGACAAAGAAAAUACAGGUUUUCCUAA